GAGCACAGAGUCAGAAAAGAGAUAGCGGGCGAGAGAAGGCAAGGGCACUUGAGCUAUUCGCGUCAUUCGCAGACCUUUUCUGAAGAUCGCAUCAUUUCUUUGUCGCCACCUAACUCACUUUAUUCCUCAGACUACGGAAACUUCAUUCAAUAAAGUGGCUGGAUGAAUUUAUCAUAAAAUAUUUCGACAUAGAAUUGUUGUACAACGGACCGUCACCGAGAGCUCUGUAGACUAUAACAUAUUCAAUCCGAAACGCAACUACUCCGGCAGAUUUCUGUCUCGUACUUCAGCGGCUCCAGUUUGGGAUUUGCUCACUCGUUUUGGAUGUUUGCAGGAUCCUCAUCCUUUCGUUCUCUCGUAACGUCAAAAUCUGCAUUGAAGAUCACAUCAUGUGCAGACGCGGAUAUGAUAUCUAGAAGAUAAAGGAUAAAACGUAGACAACCGCCGUUGUUAAAGUAUUUUUGCUGUCGGAUCAAGGAUUGUAUGGAUUAUUUUUUGUAUUAAGAAAGCAAGGGCGAGCUCAGUUUUUUUCAUGGAUAUAUAUUUCUAGUAUUUUACCCGGCAAUUUAGUCUACUGGUUCAGAACACCAUCGAAAACAUAAUAGUGACCAUAUGCGCAAAAUGUUAUGUUACUAUGGUUAUCUUUAUACAUAGCCUACUAAGAACGGAACGAAUGUAUUUAAUGUUCACAGUAUAGCUCUCAUUGUAACACGUUUUUUAUGCUGCUAUUUUGUAUUAGCUACUCAGUGUUCCAAACAUUGAUAUAAAGGUUUAUGAUAUCGCUGCAUUUUAGUAGGACUAUAUAUCCUACCUAUAGUUUUAUAAUGUCGUUAUGGUGAUGGUUCAUUUCUCCUUACAGAGAAGGUUACUAUCACGACCGGAGCCUUGACUUUUGUGGGGUUUAGUUUUCUGAAAAUUAAAGACUGGCGUAUGCUACAGAAUUUCUCUGCUUCUCCAACUCCCAGUUUUUCCAUAAUAUUAUAUCAGGCUGCUUGUCGUUGCCUGGACUCGGAUCCCGGAAUCUUCAUGAUUUGCGGACAUCAUGCUCGUUUUUUAGCCGGGAAACCCUCUUUUCGUCCCGCAUGUUUAGGACCAAACGAACGGGGCUCGUCCGGCGACUCUGGAGGAGCCGUGCGCCCGUCGAGGGCGACGGGGAGACGGAUACACGAACGCAUGGAUCCGGGGGUUGCUGUAUGGGUAAAUCGACGAAGGUUACCGGAAAAACAAGCGCCGGAACGGAGGCUGAAUUAAAAGCCCUGACCCACUCGAUACUGAAAAAAAUCAAAGAGAAACAAUUAGAGGGGCUCUUGCAAGCGGUGGAGUCAAAGGGGGGUGCGCGGAGCCCCUGCCUGCUCCUACCCAGCAAAGUGGACACCAAACUGGGUCAGCAGUCUUAUUCCCUCCCUCUACUGCUCUACAAAGUGUUUCGGUGGCCGGACCUCAGGCACUGCUCGGAAUUAAAAAGGCUGUCUUGCUGUGAAUCCUAUGGGAAAAUUAACCCAGAACUCGUUUGCUGCAAUCCUCACCACAUGAGCAGGCUUUGUGAACUCGAGUCUCCCCCUCCUCCUUACUCCCGAUAUCCAAUGGACUUUCUUAAACCACCCGAUUCUCCCGACUCGGGGCCUUCAUCCACAGACACUGAAGGGACGACCUACUCUGCCCCCGUGGGGCUUUCAGAUUCCCAAGCUCUCCAGGAGUCGGGCGACAGAUCCCACUGGUGCGUGGUGGCGUACUGGGAGGAGAAGACCCGCGUCGGGCGACUCUACUCAGUCCAGGAGCCCUCCCUGGACAUCUUCUAUGACCUACCUCAGGGGAAUGGCUUCUGCCUGGGUCAGCUGAGCUCGGACAACAAGAGCCCUCUGGUUCAGAUGGUGCGGACCAAGAUCGGCUACGGCAUCCAGCUGAGUCGCGAGCAUGACGGGGUGUGGGUGUACAACCGCAGCUGCUACCCGAUCUUCAUCAAGUCGGCAACACUGGACAAUCCCGACUCGCGGACUUUACUGGUGCACAAAGUGUUCCCCGGCUUCUCCAUAAAGGCUUUUGACUUUGAGAAAGCGGACAGCCUGCAGAGGCCGAACGAUCAUGAGUUCACACAGCAGCCGAGGACUGGCUUCACUGUACAGAUCAGUUUUGUGAAGGGUUGGGGCCAGUGCUACACCAGACAGUUUAUUAGUAGCUGCCCGUGCUGGCUGGAAGUUAUAUUCAACAACCGAUAGCAGCAACGGAUUAUGGGUUGACCUUCCUCUCCCUCUUCCUCGUCCCUGUCACCCGACGACUGUGAAAGAACCCGAGGACUGGCCCUUUCCUGUUUUCAGUGGUUCGAAAAAGAAAGACGUUUAAAGAAGAAAGAUGAGACGGACCCUAAUGAACUUGCUCGACGUGACAAGUGACUAAGAUUCAAUUAAAGUGAAAUAAAAAGCGAAAAUGUAUUUUAUGUUAUAUAUAAAUAUAUUAUUACUUGUAAAUAUGAAGACGUUUUAUAUGCAUCAUUAUUUAUGUAUUGUGCAAUGUGUUAAUGAGAAAAAGAAAAUAAGAUGCACUUUGCUUAAUAUAAAUGCAAACAAAGAAAUGCCAAAAUAAAAUACAAAUAC